AUGUCCCAAAACGACACCCUCCUCGUAGCGCAAGGCACCGACGUUUACUCCGGUGUCCGGAAUCCCACUUCGAACCCCUCCGACCCACUAUCAGAAAACUUCGUCACAGACCCCACGGCUUCCAAGGCCGGAGCAGGGGCGGACCCGAGGAUCGAUUAUGGGGAAACGGCUAGGAGGGGAAUGAGAGUCGGCCAAGGGGUCGUGGAGCAGCGACCGGGGAUAAUCGAGAGUACGAAUAUUGACCCGUUGAAUGAGAAUUCCAAUAAGGACGAUGGCUGGGCGAACGUUCCCCCUGCUGGUGGGAAGACAACGACCAGUUCCCUGGCGCAGCAGGCAGCGUCUUACCUCCCCACGACGGGGCAAGUCCAGGAAUUCGCCCAGAACGCGGUAAAUGCCGCUGCUGGAGCGGGCAAGUUCGCGUACGGUCAUGUGACAGGCGACGACCAACUCAAGACGGAGGGGAGGAAGGAGGUGAAGGAUAACACGGGGUAUUGA